AUGGCUUUUUCCCUUCUUCCACUAGAGAUAAAAAUUAUCAUUCUCGGGUACCUCAUCGCUGAAGCGGAAGAGGAAGACAGGUUGAAAUUGGCACCCUUUGCUGCCGUCAAUCGUGAGUGGCAGGAGGUAUUCGAAAAAUGCAUUUUCGAACACAUCAACCUCAGCACGCGAGCACGAUUGGCACAUUUCAACCGCCGAUCAUGGGUGAGGACGAGGAGCCUAGUUCAAAGCAUCGACUUGACAGUCGAGCUGGAGCGGUAUUAUGACCAUGGGGACGCGCACUGCCGUUACGAGAAUGAGGAUGAACAGCGACGCAAUAACAAGAUCUUUACAGCCUCCAUCCAGUCGCUGUUCGAUACUUUGAGCAAAUGGCCAAGAAGAGACGGUAAGGUCUUUGCAGUUUAUAUCGAGACACAGUCGCCAGAUGAUAAAAGUGCCCAACCUCCCGAAGCUUGGGAGGAGCGGCGGUUGCGUGCGCGAGAGUCCCACGAUUUUCUAGAUAAGAGAUUUGAGAGGUCAUGGCUCCAAUUUGACGAGAACCUUGUUGGUGUUCGAUGCGCAUCUGUACCUCUGAUCAAUUGCCUUGUGGUCACAGGAGGCCAGAUCAGAAGAGACGAUUUGAGGAAAAUCGAACCUGUUUCAUGUUCUCUCAUCAUGGAAAAGUUACCUCGACUCCACGAUCUGACGCUCUAUUUGGAUGACCGUUCCACGUGGAAUCCAGAACUCAGAUACCGCCACCGGAAAGGUUUGCUAUCCAAGGAAGGUUCGUAUAUAAUAACGUAUAAGCUAACCGCAAACCUAGACUUCGCUGACUCAAUUCCCCGGUGGCCUCGCAGCUUAACCUGCCUCACCCUUGACUUCCCCUUCGAUGAACCUUCCGAUGAAUUUUAUCCCCCACCAACCUUAACGGUGGAAGGAAAUCCAGACCCUCUGAGCUCACGCCUGCAUGAACUUUCACAACGACUGAGGGAACUCCACGCGGAUCGAGGUGUAUUCGGAAGAGAGGUAUUCUGGCCCCUAGUUACACUGGAUAAGGAUAAGGACAAUACCGAGCUUCCCACCUGGUCAGAGCUAAAGAGGAUGACGUUGAGCUACGUGCCCAUAACACCAGGUGGGACUCGCAUGUUCGAAAAGAAGGAGCCAGAACAGAUCUUGACGUAUCAAGAUCCCACCAUCGACCUGACAAUCUACGAAGAAAUGGAUAACACUGAUCUCGAUUGGGUUCCCCCUGAGCAGCGCAGGAACAGAUGGUUUCGCAGAAAGCCCAAUCACGAAAUGUUCAAUCAAUAUUUUCUAGCAGUUGGCAAGGCUGCUCUUCGGAUGCCCAAACUGAUCAUUAUGAAAGUCGAAGUGGUAGAAUGCAUCAACAUGCUCGGGUUUCGGUAUGAAGUGAGGGACGGAGUGGCGAAGGUGACUUGGUUAUGUGAUUGGGAUCUUCAAGCAUUUGAAAUAAGCAACGACGUCUUGCAGAUCUGGGAAAAGGUUGCUUAUCAACACACGGGACGUGAUCUUGAACUUAAGGUUGACGGAUAUUGA